AUGACAUCCAAAGCACACCCCAGCAGCUGGCAAAUCCUCGUCGCUGCCAAACACCAUGAAUGCGAGCAAAAAAUUCCCCGAGACUGGCUUCUCAGCGCAGACCAGCUGGCGCUCGCGCAGGAAACUCCUCGUCUACUAGAUAUUGAUCUUCCUCGUCGCAGUAAUCUGCUCUCGGAUAUCGAAUUAGAGUUGACAGAAAGUUAUACCGCAAUUCAGCUGUUGGACAGGCUGGCAUCGGGGCACAUCAGUUCGUUAGCUGUCACAACGGCAUUUUGUAAGCGGGCUGCUAUUGCGCAGCAGGUUACCUCGUGUCUCACAGAGACCUUCUUCCCCGAGGCGCUAGAGCGCGCCAAGUACCUGGAUCAGUACCUCCAGCGGGAGGGAAAGCCCGUUGGUGCGCUACAUGGCCUGCCCAUCAGCAUCAAAGACAGUUUCUGCGUCGAAGGUGUGCAGUCAACCAUAGGAUAUGUCGCAUUUCUCGAGAAUGAGCCCGCGAAGACGAACUCCGCGCUAGUGGAGAUGCUGCUACAGCUUGGCGCGGUGUUAUACGUGAAGACGAACAUCCCACAGACAAUGAUGACAGCAGACUCGGAGAAUAACAUCUUCGGCCGCACCCUUAAUCCACACAAGACAACCCUAACAGCGGGCGGAUCUAGCGGCGGCGAGGGUGCACUAAUAGCAUUCCGGGGGUCAAUUCUGGGCGUGGGGACUGACAUCGGUGGCUCGAUUCGCAUUCCCGCGCUAUGCUGCGGUGUAUACGGCUUUAAGCCAACAAGCAACCGUAUACCCUACGGCGGACAGGUCUCCGGCGCCGUACAGGGGAUUCCAAACUUGAUUCCAGCUGCAGGUCCUCUGGCACAUAACAUCGCCGAUAUCAAGCUGCUGAUUGGUUCCAUCGUCGCUGAUGGCCAGGCGUGGAAGUAUGACUCUGCUGCCGUUGGAGUCCCGUGGCAAACCAUCCCGCCUGGUAUCAACGCCAGCAAAAGCUUGACCAUCGGCAUGCUUGCUGAGGAUAAGCAUUUCCCGCUUCAUCCGCCUGUAAAGAGGGCUCUAAAUCAGGCGUUUGAGGCCUUGACGCGCACAGGACAUCAUGUCGUCCGAAUUGGUGGUGACGAUGAAGCACAGAGUUUGGCAUAUGCGUCACGUGUUGCGUUUCAGUAUUUCAACUACGGCCCGCACAAGGAUCUUGUUUCGGCCAGUGGGGAGCCCGUUGUGACUUCGGUUGCUAAGACUGCGGGACCGAUGUCCUCUGGCCCGUUCCCUGCUCAGCAAGGUCUAGGACCGUUUGAGACUAUACAGGCGUUGCAUGUGGCUCGCCAACGGAUUCAUGAUGUUUGGAGACAGACAUGGGUGGACCAGAAGCUUGAUGUGAUUCUGGCUCCUGGAGCUCAGAGCACAGCUGUGAGCCAUGAUACGUAUGGAUGGCCUGCUUAUACGGUGAUAUGGAACGUCUUGGAUUAUCCCGCAUGCAUUAUUCCAUUUGGAAAAGCGUCCAAAGAGCUUGAUCCCGAUCCUAUGACAACAAGUAACGAUGCGCAACCAGACUAUCACCCCGAUGAGGUAGAUGGCGCCCCAUGCGCUAUCCAGGUCAUUACGCCGCGCUUCCAAGAUGAGAAGUGCCUGUGGGCGGCGGAUAUCAUUGACCGUGUAUUGGCCGUUCAUGGCAAGGAAUAA